CAAUUUCUGUGGGCUUGACACAAAUAUUACUAACAAGUACUACUCAUAUUACAUUAAUUAUUAUAAUAAAUAUUAAGGACACAACCAAAAAAACGCGGCUGCUAUACACCAAACCCAGACUCUCUCUCUCUCUCUGUUCAUCAAAUUUCACAGCUAUCACAGAUCGAAUAAAACGACGCUUCAUUGUAAUUAUCAUUCUUCAUUCGAGAUCGUGUUGGCCGGAGCUCUGAUUCUCUUAAUUUGUACGUACACAGCUUGUAUCUAUAUGUUUUCGUGUUGGUAAGGGAUUGGCAGAAGUGGUGGUACAGCGGUGCUAGGGUUAGGGUUAGGGUUCGGCGGUGGGAGACAGAUGGAAGUGAUGGAGCUGGAAGAAGGGGAAGCUUGCUUAAACAAGAAAGAUUUGGACUCUACUUUUGAUCCUGAUGUUGCUUUUUCGUAUAUCGAUGAGAAACUUGAGAAUGUUCUAGGACAUUUCCAAAAGGAUUUUGAAGGUGGAGUAUCUGCUGAGAACUUGGGAUCAAAAUUCGGUGGGUAUGGAUCAUUUCUACCGACAUACCAACGAUCUCCUGUUUGGUCCCAACCAAAAGUUCAAAACGAGAACGCAUCAAAAUCUCCCAACAGUUUGCCCCUGGAGGGUGCUCGAGGUCACUCUGUUUCCUCAAGUGCAUCUCUAUCUGCUAGGCAUGGAUCAACUGCUCUAGGUGUUGCAACACUGCCUGUAUCCAGGGCCUCACCUGUGGAUAAUUGUGUCACACAAGCAGCUACCAUGCCUCUCACCAGUGCCAAGAACAAGUCUAACAGUCAUUCAGACCAAAAAAAUUAUAAGGUCCGAAUCAGAAGGCUUUCUGAUAAUUGGUCAACCAAGAAAAAAAGUGAGAUAUACAGUGGACUUGGCCUGGAUGUGUCACCUACUUCUUCAUUUGAGGACAGCCCAACAGAUGGUGAAUUAGCUCGCGAGCCUCAGAAUUUACCAGAGUUUUCUCCCACAAGCAUACUAGAGAUUAUGAAAUCAUUUCCAUUGCAUGAUAGCCUUCGGUUAUCACCUCUUUGCGGUGAUCUCAUUUGUUUGAAUGACAAGGAAAUGCGUUUCCAAAGGAGUGGAGCUGUUACCAUUGCUCAUAUGGGGGACCAAGAAGGUUCCGAUUCUGGUAGGUGUGAUAGAAAUUUUGUUAGAGAAAAGAAAACUAAAUCAUCUGAGCAAAAAGCCUUCACGGCAGAGUCAAAGACUACAAAUGUUCACAGCACCCAAAAUGGCGUUGAUGUACUUAUGAAGAGGGAAAGGGAAAGAGAUGUUGAAAACUCUUUUUGUGAUGAAAUAGUUUCUAAUACUUUUAGGCUCCCUCUUUUGUCAAAUUCAAACUGUAGUGUUGCUGAUUCAGCAAAAGACACUGCCAGGAAUGCUGAUGUAUCUACUAGAGUGGUCAAUAAAAGAGAGAUGGAGGAAAACUUUCAUGAUUUAGCAAAAGAUGAACCACAGGGACCAACUUCAGUUCAAGGAAAUGCAUUUAUUGGGAAGGCUAACGCAAAGGCUGUCUCACGUACCAACAAAACUAAUUCAUAUGAUAACAAGUCUGGAUAUCUAGCUAAAGGAGGAAACAUUAAAGGUGAAAGAAUUGAUAUUCCAUUGAGAGUUGAUCCACAUAUGUCCAAGGAAAUGCAAGGUUUUAUUCCUGAGCUUAAAUCUGUACCUUCUGUUGAUGAUGACAUGAAAGUGUCAUCUGGUCUCAAGGAUACAUACAAAGAAUUCUUUGGAGAGGAGCUUGAAGAUGAUAAUUGUUCGGCAGGUGAAGAAGGCUAUGGUGAAUUUAAGAGUGUGACUGAAGAUCAAUCAAGUAGUAAGAAAUUUGAUCAGCUCUCUAGAUCUGAGGCACAUACCAGAGUGUCUUCAAGUCUAUUUCAUCCUACCGGAAAUAAACCCAUUCCUGAUGUAGCUGCACCACAAGUACCGUUUGUUAAUGAAGAUUGGGUCUGUUGUGACAAAUGCCAAAAAUGGCGGCUUCUUCCAGCUGGUAAAAAUCCAGAGAGUCUCCCUAAGAUAUGGCUGUGCAGCAUGCUUAACUGGUUGGAUGGAAUGAAUCGGUGUAGUAUUAGUGAGGAGGAGACAACAAAGGCUGUACUUGCCCUUCAGCAAACCUUUCCUUCUGCUCCUGUUCAUGGGGGUCAAAAUAGUCAGAAUAGAUAUUCUGGUGUUGUAUCAUCAGGGGUUGCUGAUGCCUGGCAUGUUGACCAAUGCAUCCAAGACGUAGGUGGAAGGAAAAAUCAUGGUAUCAAAGAUGUGUAUAAUGCAUUCAGCCACAAUGGCUCCUCCCCAUAUUCGGACUCCAAAAAGAAGAUUUUUCAGGCACCAGUGGAAACUCAAAGCUUAAAUGGUGAAAAUCAUUCUCCUAGUUUUAAUAAAGAUGAAGUUUCUGGCCAGUCUAGUGGCUUAGUUGGGCAGAAAUGCAGACAUAGGAAGGAGAAGAUACCACUUGCCAACACUGUUGAAGGUGAUUUUAAGAGCUUAAAAAUGAGAAGCAGUGGUGAGAAGAAUGAAGAAACUUUUAAAGCCCCUAAGAAACUCAAGGCAGGCGGUGUUCAAAUUGACGAAGACUGGAAGUCUGAUAACGGGGCUGCUGCUUUGAAAGUGGGCUGCAGCUCAAAUAGUUUUCCAAUAAAUAAGUCACAGGAGCUUCAACACAAGCAUGAUGGUUAUCCCAAGGACUCAAAGAGUCUUGGAAAUUCUGAAGACUGGACUCAGUUUUCCUCAGAUGCCAGUUUGCUUCAUACUGAAAACUUCACUGACAGAGAUGUGAAGAAGAGGAAGAUCAGCGAAUAUCAGGGAAGUCAGCUGUAUGCCACAUCCCGCAGUAACGAAGGACAUCAUCUUGAGCACCACAAGGAUUAUAUGGAAGAAACCAAUGAAAGCAACCACCGUAAGGAAAAGAAAGCAAGGGUGCCCAGAUCUGAAGGAAAAGAAAGCUUCAUGAGUAAGGGGAGUGGUAGGAUUGACAACAAAGAAAUAUGCCUAAAAGACCAGCAAGCAGGGGCAGAUCCUGAGGACGGUCAUUUUCGCAGGAGCUUGGAUGUUCCAAUUAAAAAGGAUACUGGAUCUUCACAACCAGCUAUUGCUGCCACUUCUAGCUCUUCUAAGAUCUCCGGCUCUUGUAAAAUCAAAAGCAACUUGCAGGAAGUGAAAGAUUCCCCAGUGGAGUCAGUUUCUUCAUCUCCUUCAAGAAAUUCUAAGCAAGAUAAAUUUAUGUCAACCGGAAGAGACCUUAGAGGUAAAGGUGGUUCUGAAGCAUUAAUUUUGGCCACAAGUAGUCCAAGAAAAUGCUCCAAUGGUGAUGAUGGUUCACGGAUUGAUCAAUCGAGUAUGGUACAGAAGAAUGUAACUAUCACCAACAUCAAGCAUGGUUCCCUGGAGUCCUCUAUGCAUGAAUUUCAGGACAGGAAUCAAUCUCACAUAUCUAGGAGAAAAGAUCUGCCGGAAGCUCGCAAGUCUCUAGUUUCAGAAGAGUGCCCAAAUGAUGAGAGUGGAAGGAGAUACCAAUAUCACAGUAAUGGGUCUGAUCGUAAGACCGGAAAGGAGUCUUCUCCAAGAUCUAAAGACAAAUUUCGUGGUACCAAAUCUGAGUCUGAAAAAGGUUAUUUGAGGGAGGCAUCUUCCAAUGGAUAUGCAGGUCAUGGCUCUCACAUUGAAAAUUCAAAAGCUAGAAGUAAGGUGCAGGAGAAAAGUGCUCUAAAUUCUGAUAAAGUUGAAAAGAAUUUAUUUGGUACGAAUGAGCUUGCUGCCAAUCCAUCGUUUGAGAGUGGUAAACGAGAGGCUCAAUCGGAUAAGGCAUCAUUUGAUAAUACAGCUAUAAGACAAAAUAUAUCCAACCAUCACUCGGAACCUAACCAGCCAAUGGAUUCUGGUAGUGAAAGGUUUUCAAAAAGGUUUCCUACUGACAAAAAAGACCGGGUUGAUGUACUUGGGAAAACGAAGUCGAAUCCAUUGCCUCCAUCAGGAAGAGGUCAAAAUGAGAUGGAGCGCCGACCCCAACCAGUCAAUGAAAAUCAGAAAGACAAUGGCAUAAAGUUAUCAACAGUCAGUACUGGUGGAAGUGAUGAAGCAUUAAAAUGCAGUAAACAGAUUAACAGAUCAGAAAAUCACAGUGGGAAUAUCAAUCAGCCUAGCAAUUCCCGAAAUCCCACAAAUGGUCACAAGGACCGGGAUAUUGACGUUGCAAGUUCUAUUCGAAGGGACUCCACUACUCAGGCUGCUAACAAUGCUGUUAAAGAGGCAAAGGAUCUAAAACACCUGGCUGACCGCCUCAAGAAUUCUGGAUCAAUCCUUGAAAGUAUGGGGUUAUAUUUUCAAGCAGCUCUAAAAUUUCUUUAUGGAGCCUCGCUACUUGAAUCUAGCAACAAUGAGAACUCCAAGCAUGGUGAGGCUAUUCAAUCGAUUCAAAUGUAUAGUAGUACCGCUAAACUAUUUGAGUUUUGUGCCCAUGAGUAUGAGAAACUCAAUGACAUGUCUUCCGCUGCAUUGGCAUAUAAGUGUGUAGAGGUUGCAUACUUUAGAGUAAUUUAUUUUUCACACUCCAAUGCAAGCAAAGAUAGGCAUGAGUUGCUAACAGCUCUGCAGAUAGUUCCUCCAGGAGAAUCUCCUUCUUCGUCUGCUUCAGAUGUAGAUAACAUGAACAACAUAGCGACCAUGGACAAGGUUAGCUUAACCAAGGGUGUUAAUUCUCCUCAAGUUGCUGGAAAUCAUGUAAUACCUGCCCGAAGCCGACCAAAUUUUACACGGCUGCUUAACUUUGUGCAAGAAGCCAAUUUUGCAAUGGAAGCCUCCAGAAAAUCGCGGAGUGCUUUCUUAACUGCUUCAAGGGAGGAGACCAAGUACCGGGAUGGUUUGCCCUCUGUUAAAAAGGCUCUUGAUUUCAGCUUUAAAGAUAUGGAUGGAUUUUUGCGUCUUGUACGACUUGCGAUGGAGGCAAUAAGCCGUUAAACCGAGACAUAUAGCCGCAAAAUGCUGUAUCUUGAGUGGAGGAAAUUUCUUUCCCUCGCGUCCAUAACCUUGAUCAUAGUUGUGGAGAAGUGAAGAAUUGGAUCCACAACCUGCAAACUGUUGUUUCUAUGUUCUUCUCCAAUUCCCGAGCACCGUGGAAGAGUGUAGUCAUGUUAUGCAUCUGUUAAGAGUUGAACUUACUUGCUCCUCAUACAUGUUCUGUACAGUUUUAGGAUAAAAAUGGAAGUACAGAUAUCUGAUAACUAUUCGGGGGUCAAAUUGCUUUGAUGAUGACAAUGAAUUGAAACUUUUAAAGGACUAGCAUUUGGUAUAGUUUUGGUGUGCUACUGGCGUUUCAAGCUUGUAUUUAAAGUAUAUGUGCAGAGACAGUUGAAUAUAUUAUGCAGUACUCUGCUUCUACCUGGGAACCGAUAUUCAACAUUGGUGAAGUGUGUAGAAGUAAUGGAACUGCAACUAUAUAUUCAGGGUACAUGUUGCUGCCCAUGCAUAAGUUCUCAGAGUAAUUCUUUUAGAAGGGUUCAAGCUUCACCUGGCAGAAUUAACUUUUAUAAGUGAAGUAGUGAUGAAGACCGUGAGACUUCGUCACUUCGCUUCAAGAAAAGCAGUAAACCUUCAAAUGUCUGGUGAAGAUGACGUGACUCUCAUAGAUAAGAUGACUGCAGGUAUUCUCAAGUUAUAGCCUCGCAGGCAAGGAACAGUUGCCACGAGAAAAAUGCAAUACUAGCACUGAAGUUCUCCAGGCUGCUGAAAGUUGAAGAGAAUGGGUACGGUCACUGCAGAUUUUUGUCACCAGAUGUCUUCCUAUUUCUGAGCCAGAGACUUGCAUCACACUUUGUGUAUUUCCAGAGCUGAGUAAGUACAUUAAAGAUAAAUUGUUAGGUGCCAGCUGCCUCAGGUCAUAAUUACUGAGUUUUGGAGGGUAUUCGAGAUAUAAAACUUUAGGAUAUCAGAAAGAACUGGAGUUAUGUCUCACAAAUUAAUAGGUUCCAGUGCGGAACAGGCAACUUGGGCAGUAAAAAUAAAUCAGUGUAUUUAAUGUAAGUGACAAGGAUUUGAAUUGUACGAUUACUAUAUUCUUUCGAGUAUCAGGUCGCAAUAUGUAAUCAUGGGUCAAAUAUUAUGGACCCAUAAAGUGCAGCUGUUAACCUGUCCUUUUGUUUUCUAAACACAUAUAUAACAUGUCCUUUUGCUAAUUCUGAUC